AUACCUUUUUCUAUUUCCCGGGCCUCCCUCUCCCUCUCUCUGUCUCUGUCAAGAUCAAUUGCCAAAGAUCUCUGCCUCCUUAAUUAAUUAUCCAUGAAAAAAUGGCAGCACCAUCUCCUCUCUCUCCCCCCGUGUCUCGUCUAAUUUAUCACCUCCUUCUCUACCUUUAAACCCCUUCUAGUAAUACGCUUCGGGCUACUUUUUGUUGAAAUAUUUGUUCUUGUUUAUGGGGGCUAGUUUCUCCGGUUUUGUAGCAGAUCAGAGCAGUACUGAAGUUUCUUCUCCAUCGAAACCCAGUCUAGGUGACUUGCCGGAGAAUUGCAUCUCAUCGAUUCUGAUGUACUUGGAUCCUCCCGAAAUCUGUAAGUUAGCCCGAUUGAACAGGGCUUUCCGCAGCGCUUCUCGGGCUGAUUUUGUGUGGGAAUCGAAGUUGCCUUCAAAUUAUAAGUUUCUUGUCAACAAAGUUCUUCACGAAGACACUGAGAAUUUGGCUAAGAAAGAUAUUUAUGCUAGAUUAUGUAGACACAAUCAUUUUGAUCAUGGCACUACGGAAGUUUGGUUGGACAAGAGCAGUGGUAAGGUUUUUAUGUCAAUUUCGUCGAAGGCAUUGAGGAUAACAGGGAUAGAUGAUCGAAGAUACUGGAGCUACAUUGCGACUGAAGAAUCCAGAUUUCAAACAAUUGCAUACCUUCACCAGAUGUGGUGGUUUGAAGUGCUUGGAGAAUUGGAGUUCGAAUUUCAACCGGGGACAUACAGCCUAUUCUUCCGGCUUCAGCUAGGCAAAGCCUCGAAAGUACGGUUUGGUCGAAGGGUCUGUAACCUUGAUCAAGUGCAUGGUUGGGACAUUAAACCUGUCCGGUUCCAGUUAUCCGCAUCACUAUCGAACGGUACUCAGCAUCAUCAUGCGCUUUCUGAAUGUUUCUUGCGGGAACCAGGCAAAUGGGUCUGUUACCAUGUGGGUGACUUUGUCAUCGAGAACCCUAACACGCCCACAAAGAUCAAGUUUUCGAUGAUCCAGAUUGAUUGUACACACACCAAAGGUGGUCUUUGCGUUGACUCCGUGUUGAUAUGUCCCAGUGGAUUAGAAGAAAGAUUAUAAAUUAAACCAAUUUAGUAUAUAUAUGUGGGUUGGUGAGAGUUUGGGCUUCGUUAACAGAAUGUAAAGUAUAUAUUCAUGUAAUCAUUAGUAUAUAUAUGAGGGUCAGUGCUUUGUUUAUAACUAUUUUUUUUUUUCUCGUUCAGAAUUAUUUGCAUUUGAAGCAAAGUAGAGGAGUGGAUGCCUUUUUUUUCCUUAUUGUCUUGUACUGUUUAAAAUGUUCGUGGACCAGCGUGGUGGUGGUCGU